AAAACCUGUUUAUGUUUCGGAGAGAUUGAUGAUGACUUGUCAUUGCUGCUGCUACUGCGAGUUACGUUUCAAAAACUCCUACUCUGUACUCUGUAGUAACUCCACUCAUAACUAGCUCACUUGUAACUGGGUGAGAUGCGAUUACAGAUCAAAACUGAGAUAUAAUCAGAAAUCACUGAUAGCAAGCAAAUUCGAAGGUGGAUUCGGCGAUGGCGGAGGUGGAGGUGAUUCACUCAUGGUCUGCUCCAAGAUCCCUCAGUACCAGUCUCAUGUACUCUUUUGCUCAGAGGGAUGACAUUGAAGUGCUGGAUGAGCCUCUCUAUGCUAACUUCCUUCGAGUCACUGGUCUUGAUAGACCCUACAGGGAUAUACUGCUUUCUAAAAUGGAACCUGAUGGUAAUCAGAUUGUUGAAGACACAAUUUAUGGUCCUGGAAACAAGAAGUAUAGAUUCUGUAAGCAUAUAUCAAAACAAAGGGUGGUUGGGUUGUCAAAUGAUCUGUUGAAGAAAGGAAAACACUUCAUUCUCAUAAGAAAUCCUCUUGACAUAUUGCCAUCCUAUGACAAGGUUGUCCCUCCAUCUUUCUACGAGCUGGGUUUGGCAGAUCUAGUUUGUAUAUACAAUGAACUCCGCGAGUUAGGAAAACCACCCCCUGUUAUUGAUGCUGCAGAACUUCAAAAAGAUCCCGAGGCUACUUUACGGGGUCUUUGCAACGAUUUGGAAAUUCCUUUUCAACCUGCAAUGCUCAGUUGGGAAGCAGGUCCAAAGCCAAUGGAUGGGUGUUGGGCCCCUUGGUGGUAUAAAUCUGUACAUAAAUCAACUGGUUUUAAGGAAGGAAGAAAGUAUCCUCAGCCAUUUCCCUUUUCUCACUAUGAUUUGUUGGAGCAAAGUCUACCCUUGUACAAUAUGCUUCGGCGCCAUGUGAAGAAGAAGUCAUCUCUUUUGAGCCCUCCUUUACCUCCUCCUGAUCUUCCAGUUCCUGCAAAUGAGAAAUUGCUUGCUUGGGUUGGUGAUGAGAUUGUGCCACGCGAGAAUGCAAAGGUUUCUGUGUUUGAUUCGGUUGUCCAAGGAGGUGACUCAGUUUGGGAGGGUCUUCGAGUGUAUAAUGGAAAGAUAUUUAAGCUCGAGGAACAUCUAGAUAGGAUGUUCGAUUCAGCAAAAGCUUUGGCUUUUGAAAAUGUUCCAAAUCGAGAUGAGAUUAAGGAAGCUAUUUUCAAGACUCUAAUUAGGAAUGGGAUGUUUGACAAUUCCCACAUCCGUCUUUCUCUAACAAGAGGAAAGAAGGUUACUUCUGGAAUGAGCCCAGCAUUAAAUCUGUAUGGAUGCACAUUAAUCGUACUUGCUGAAUGGAAGCCCCCUGUUUAUGAUAAUGAGCGCGGUAUAGUUCUUGUUACUGCUACAACUCGCCGUAACUCUCCAAAUAGUUUGGAUUCAAAGAUUCAUCACAAUAACCUCCUCAAUAACAUACUUGCGAAGGUUGAAGGCAAUAAUGCAAAGGCAGAUGAUGCAAUCAUGCUUGACAAAGAUGGCUUUGUUUCUGAAACCAAUGCAACAAACAUUUUCAUAGUUAAAAAGGGUCGUGUGUUGACACCACAUGCUGAUUACUGUCUUCCUGGCAUUACUCGAGCAACUGUAAUGGAUCUUGUGGUGAAGGAGCAGUUAAUCUUAGAAGAGCGGAGAAUCAGCCUGUCAGAAGUGCAUACCGCAGAUGAGAUAUGGACAACAGGAACCAUGGGAGAAUUAAGCCCGGUAGUGAAGGUUGAUGGACGCACAAUUGGUACUGGAAAAGUAGGGCCGGUAACAAGAAAAUUGCAAGCUGCUUAUAAAGAGCUGACAGAACAGUCUGGUAUACCAAUACAGAGCUACCUGGAGGCUUGAAAGGCUGCAGCUGGAUUUGGAAGUGAGGAAGUCUUGCUGGUGUGUAACUAUUGAGAAUUGCCAAUCUGAGCAAUUUUGUUUUCAUGAGAAUAAAAAUGUAUUAAAUUAAUAAAUGUAUAAAUAAAAUUUUUAGUUAAUAAAUGUAACAUAAAGUAUAUGAUUUGACUCCUCUAAAGUGAGAGAGUCACUUUAGAAGGUAAAAUAAGUCAUCACAAUCGUUGAUUUCUCAAUCAACGGUUAUGAUUGUAAUCAUAUACUUGCAUAUGUAUAAUAAACUGUGUUCUCUAAA